UGGACUUAAAAAAAAUCACUUGAUUUUAAUAAAGUUUUUUGAAAAUACCCUCUGACCUCUACAAGGAGGAAUAAGUAGGCAUGGCUGCAGGUUUACUGAGAAAAGCUUUUCCCAGGCUCGGGAGUCCCGGCCUAGCGGGUGGGGUGGCGCCUGGGUCAUCGGGUAUCUUAGGUCGUCUAUAUGGUACUGCAGCUCUGCAGAUUCACCAGACUCAUGCUGACAGUUCAGCUGGAAAUGAGAAAUUAUUAACAGAGCCCCUGAAACAUCCUGACUUCUUUCGUGUAUCAGAGCUGUUCUCUCUGAAGGAUCUUUUUGAGGCCAGAGUUCACUUGGGUCACAAAAGAGGCUGUAGACACAGGCUGAUGGAACCUUAUUUAUUUGGCUGUCGUCUGGAGCAGGACAUCAUUGAUCUCGACCAAACAGUGGAGCACCUACAGCAGGCACUUAAUUUCACUGCGCAUGUGGCAUAUCGUGGGGGGGUGAUUCUGUUUAUCAGCCGCAACCGACAGUUCAGCCACCUGAUCGAGAAAAUGGCAAGGGACUGUGGCGAGUAUGCUCACACCCGUUACUGGCAGGGGGGGCUCCUUACUAAUGCCCCAGUCCAGUAUGGGAAGGGUGUGAGGCUGCCUGACGUCAUUAUUUUCCUCAGCACACUCAACAAUGUCUUUCAGCAACAUGUGGCCAUCCGUGAUGCAGCCAAGAUGAACAUCCCUACAUUGGGCAUUGUGGACUCCAACUGCAAUCCCAGUCUGAUCACAUACCCCGUCCCUGGGAAUGAUGAUACGCCAGCAAGUAUAGAGCUUUACUGCAAGCUCUUCAGAAUGACUAUCAACAGAGCCAAGGACAAAAGGAGGCAAAUGGAACUCCUCCAUAGUCUGAGUAAUCAAAGUCCAUGAUCUAUGAAUUGUUUUUUAGAUUGUAUCAAUUGACAUUGGCAUUGCCCUUUGCAUCUAUGUACAUUGUCCCCCCUUUCUGCAUAUAAGUAUGUUUUUUAAUAAUGUGAUAUUCUUUCUUUUUUUGUUUGCAAUGUUCCUUUCAGAAAGUUUCUUUAGGAAUCCAGAAUACUUCACUUUUGUAUUUCUGUUCAUGGUUUCAUAACUGGUGUUCUGCAAUCAAUAAAUGGUCCACAAAGCUAAA